ACAUCCGGAUGAAGGAAGGCUGCUCUAGAUAUUAGAUUACUUCUCAAUGGGCAGUAAAGAACGAGCCAUCCAAUCUCAUCCUCCUCUUGUUUAUGACCUUAACUAGGUGAAGAGGUGUAAGAUUAAUAAAGACGAGGGUGUGGACACGUAAGUAAAUAUUGAAAAACUUCAUUUGUGAACUUCUUGCUCUCUUUCUGAUGCAAGCCGCAGGUAUUGCUUAGAAAGAAAGAUUUCAAAUGUUUAGGCACAUCUGUCACAAGGAAAUAAAUACAGGAGUGGGGAGCCCGGCGAUGACGAUGGCGAUGAUGAUUGAAAGCCCUGUGGAGUGGAACUGAUCAAAGGCAGGGUGAUGACUUGGGAGAGAGAGGUAGGUGUGGAGAGGAACGACUUCUUCAGAGAAUGCCAGCUGCUUUGAGCGCAGAGAGUGAGUGUCUCGGUUCUUUUCUCUCCAUAUAUGGUAAAAUGAUACACAGGGGUUUUUCACUAGGCUGUGAAGGCAGACGCCUGCUUCCACACCACACAGACAGUGGAAAAGGACUCCAGAGUGCACAGACGUAAGGAUUCCUUCGCUAACCGCACACCCCUUCUCUUCUAGCUGAGCACCCGGUUACCCAUUCAUAAAUGGAUGAGAUUCUCCAUCCGAGCUCCAGAGGCUGCUACUAAUUAUCUGCCUGUUCAGGGAAAGUGAGAUGAUUAUUCCAACUGAUGGAUAUUAAAACUUGUGGAUUAAAGCCUGAUCAAAUCCCUGAUGCCAACAUGACUGAACGCUUUGACUGCCACUAUUGCAAGGAGACGCUGUUUGGCAAGAAAUAUAUUUUGAAGGAGGAGAGUCCCUACUGCAUCAAGUGCUAUGAGAGCUUGUACUCCAACAACUGUGAAGAAUGUAAGAAGCCAAUUGGCUGUGAUUGUAAGGACCUGUCCUACAAGGAUCGUCAUUGGCAUGAAACCUGCUUCCAUUGCUUCCAGUGCAAGAACUCCUUGGUGGACAAACCUUUUGCUGCGAAGGAAGAACACCUCCUAUGUACCGAAUGUUACUCAAAUGAAUACUCCUCCAAGUGUAGCGAGUGCAAAAAGACCAUCAUGCCAGGGACACGGAAGAUGGAAUAUAAGGGAAGCAGCUGGCAUGAGACCUGUUUUAUCUGCCAUCGGUGCCAACAGCCCAUUGGAACAAAGAGUUUUAUUCCCAAGGACAAUCAGAAUUUCUGUGUGCCCUGCUAUGAGAAGCAGUUCGCUAUGCAGUGUGUACAGUGCAAGAAGCCAAUCACUACUGGAGGAAUUACUUACCGAGAGCAACCAUGGCACAAAGAGUGUUUUGUGUGUACUGGAUGCAAAAAACAGCUAUCUGGACAACGUUUCACUUCCCGAGAUGAGUUUGCAUAUUGUCUGAACUGCUUUUGUAGCCUCUAUGCCAAGAAGUGUGCAGGGUGCACUAACCCAAUAAGUGGGCUUGGUGGCACCAAGUAUAUUUCUUUUGAGGAACGGCAAUGGCACAAUGAUUGUUUCAACUGCAAGAAAUGUUCCCUAUCGUUGGUGGGCCGUGGUUUCCUCACAGAAAGAGAUGACAUCCUGUGUCCCGAAUGUGGGAAAGACAUUUAAAAGAUGAAAAGCAUUUUUGAAAAAAGUUGUAUUUACAAUGUUUUCUAAUACACAUAAUGAUGUGCAUGUUU